UUUAUUUUAUUUUUUAUUUUUUUGGAGACAUGGCAACCCUAAAGGCAUUCACUUCCUUAUACAAUCGUGUGUGAUUGUUAUUUGAAAACAGAACAAUCCUAGAAACAGUUACCGUCAUUUUUUAAAACUGUCUUCCAACUACAGACACCAUGAGAACAAACUGUCCUGCUGUAGCUGCUCGCAGCCAUAAAGUCUGCUGAGACCAAAGCAGUUGCCUGGGAACAAAGGAAAACAAUGUGUGGCCAAGUGAGUCCACGGUGGAGCUGCAAACCACCUGACAGACAGCCACAACUACAACAAUCUGACCAGUUUUUAUUUACAACUCUCUUCAAUGGCAUCUUGAUGUAGAGUGUAAUUCUCAGGCUGGAGAAAGAGACACUCAAGUGACGUGUCUGGAGUCCCUUUUGUCUCUUUCCUGGUAGUCAGUGUGCCGGAUCCAAGGAAGUGGACUCGCUAAUGCUGCUGGCUGGACUGUGUUGGGUAAGAUAAUCUCGCAGGCCAGUUCCACUGUCAACUCCUGUGUCACAGCGCAUUACUGAGUACUGUUAACUACAGCAACCGCCACGCUCCUGCGUCUCCUUGCAGCAGAAUGGCCAAGGGAAAGAAAACCGGACGGGCUAAAAGUAAGACAUUCACCUUGAAAAUGGCUCAGAACUGCGUGGAGGUGUCCCUGGACGGUAAGCGGAAGCGUCUGGAUCUCAGUUUCAAGGAGAUCGCCACAGUGCCAAAGUGUAUCCAGAAGCUGUAUGACAUGGAUGAACUAGACCUGAGCAGGAACCUGAUCAAAAAGCUCCCGGACUUUAUUGACCAUUUCAUCAACAUCAGUUUCCUAGAUCUGCACAGCAACUAUCUGGAGGAGCUCCCUGUGACUAUCGGCCGUCUCCAGAAUCUGCAGGUUUUGAACCUGUGUAACAACCAGCUGACCAGCCUCCCUGCUGAGCUCGGCCUACUGAAGAAACUGCACACGCUCAACCUGGGUCUCAACCAGCUGGACGCUCUCCCCACCUCCAUUGGUACAUUGAAGGAGCUCCGCCACAUCGGCCUCUCUGACAACCGGUUCACUCGCUUCCCUGGAUGCCUCGUGAGGCUGAACAACCUGGAGCGGGUCAACCUGGACAGGAACCCCAUCCUCACUGAGCAGGACCUCGGCCUUGAGUCACUCAUGAUAGCAGAGAGGCUUUACCUGGUUAAGGAGAGCAUCCUGUGUGACGACUGCCUGAGUAAGUGUCAAAUCGGUAAGAAGAAGCUGGGGGAUGUUGCAGACAAGACCGAGCCCACAUUACUCCAUGUACCCACCUUGGAGACCCAGGACGACAGGGAGAUGUAGAGAUAGGUUUCACUUUAAAAAGUACAGUCCAAGUAGGGACAAGUAGGGAGCGUACUCAAACACCCACUACAUGUUCAUGAUGCACAAGCGUGGUGACAUUUAUGGAGCUGUCAUUGAUUGUUGACAUUGAAUGUCAGGGAUAUGGAUGCUUUUUUAAACUCUUGUUUUCGGGUUCAACAGCAUUUUUAACCAGCAGGCCAUCUCAGCCUUCAAACGUUUUUCAAAAUAAAGUUUCAGUUGUUAAAAUAAAUUGGCUUAAUAUUCAAUGGGCUUCUUUGAUGAGGGAAACCUAAACUGGUUUCAAUUUUGUGAUUUUCUCAGUUAUGGUUUAUGGUAGGACACUGAGUAAAAAUAUUCUCAAACAGCAUAAAUCCAAUUGUAAGCUGGGAUCCCGGUUGCUUAACUGUGACCCGCAUGCAGAUGGGGUACAGUAAAUACAAUGUACUGCAUGUGUUGACAAUCCCUUUGGCCUAGAGGGCAGCAAAGGUUACCAGAUGCCACGAAUACUCACUCUGUACCAACCCUUUACUGCACCUUGCUGUCAUUGAUUCUGCAUGUUUUAACAGGCAAUAAAUUAUGUGACUAAUCCCAGUAAAGGUUUUCUAUCAAUACACUGUAGGCACCAUCACAAAUGCUAAUGUGUUUAUUUGAAAGGUCUUGAAUAAAUGCAGUGCUGAUUUCUGCACAUUGCACUUUGUCUUCAUUGUGGGAAAUUAAGUAUAUUAACUUAGUAAGCAUCAUUUAUCCAUUAUAAUCCUAAAAGAUGCCUUUUUAUAUUACUAUUAUUUCCUUUUAAAUAACCACAUUUAUUUUCUUGUUUCAAUUUAAUUAGCAGGAUUAAUUGUACUACUACAGGCUACAAGCAUGACUGUGCUUAAAAAAAAAGAGUAAUUUCAAAUCAUUCUGUAUUUCACUCACACAGUCCUCUGCUUUCACCAUGAGUCACUUUUCAGGACAUAUUAGGGGUCAAAUUGGAAAACAUUGUUUCAAGCGGAUGGGGACAAUAGCUCCUGUCCUCCGUUUAUCCCUCUCUAUCUUAUUACCAGAUUAAGAUCAAUUCUCUUUCACACCUCAUUUUCAGUGUCCUCACUAUGUCAACAUAAACAGUCAAUAGAAUCUGAAAACAUCGAAUAACCUCAGAGGCUCGUGUCGUCCAGUUUUUUUACACAUCGCUGGGCGGAAGAGUGCUGAGUAGACUGGAUUAAGAUUCCACCAGAUAGACUUAUUAAUAAGUAAGACGCCUGGUAUUGACCUGGUGACCUGGCUGCAGAUGUUCAUGACUAAUUUGUUCUCCUAUCUGAAAAGGUGUUACUGUUAUUGGUUGCUAUAGUUGUACAGUGUCAAUCUUAUGGAAUCUUCUGGUUCGUCUGUCACAGUUAAAUAAAUG